UGGAUCGUAGCACGGAUAACAUCCAUCGAAGUUUGCUUUCCUGUAUUUUUGAGUGCAAAAAUUUCUGAAUCCAACAUGAAACUCUUCAUCGCUGUGCUGGCCCUGAUCGGCAUGGUCGCUGCCCAGGAAAAAUACACCACCAAGUUCGACAGCGUUGAUUUGGACGAAAUUUUGAAAUCGGACCGCCUUUUCAAAAACUACUUCAAAUGUCUGAUGGACGAGGGUCGCUGCACACCGGAGGGUAACGAGCUGAAACGAGUGCUUCCGGACGCCUUGGAAACAUCGUGUGAAAAGUGCAGUGAAAAACAACGUGAAUCUUCUGGAAAGGUCAUCAAGUUCCUUACCGAGGAGCGCCCGGCAGAGUGGAAGCUCCUGAAGGCCAAGUACGAUCCGAACAAUAAAUAUAUGGCCAAGUAUUCGGCCGAAGCCAAAAAGGAAGGAAUCAAUAUUUGAACAGUUGAUGGCCUUGAUUAGUAUUCCGGAAAUGCGAGAAUAAAAUAACGUUGUGUUUUUCAAAUGGUA